AUGGUGAUAUGUUGCCAUGUUUUGUUUUUAUCUCUUGUGUUGCCCGGUAUUUGGGCUAGUAGUGUUAAACACCCUGUGAUAAGUCUAGACAUUGGAAGAAGGGUAACUUAUAACAGCGCGGGUCAUGAUAUCAAUGUGAAAAGGCACGAAAGAGAUGGCCAAGUGUUCUAUUAUCAUACCCUAAGUCGGCCAUCAAAACUCUCAGAAAUUACGGUAGAUGGACACUACAUUCAUGCUGACCUAUUCCCCCUUGAAGACGAACUUAUUCUCUCUUCCUUGGUCUACUGGAGGUAUGAUAGACCAGAUAUGCUAACUCUAAACAUGGAAAGGUCCCAGGUGUUUCUGUGGAACAACGGGAACGGGAGACUGGUUCCACAGGCAUCCACUCUUGACAACUACGGAAAAGGUGAUGCUAAUGCCAAAGUCACACUGGACGUUAGUCAAACCAGAGGGUAUAGUGCUGAGUGUGGAUAUAUGAAUGUGAGGGUGGUGGAAGAGACAAACUUACCGGGUUACAAGGUAUAUCGCCAUAAAUCUCGACCGUUCCUUUUGGAAAAGGUAACUGAUGGAGGAUGGGACCAGUUCGGUAUAACUGUCCCAUGUGAAAUAACCAGUGCUUAUGUAUACAAAUGGGAUGAGAAGCCACUGAUCUUAAGGUUUGAACUUUUCAAUUUUGAUACUAUCUCCUUUGUCUGCCUGAUCAACAGGUGGGUCCGUGUCGAUAUUCCUGGCCCUGGUCAUCCUGGAAGAUACCACUACAUGAGAAAAUUGCUGAGUUAUCUGAAUUGUGCUAGUGGUGAGAGUGUUAUUAUACAACUUAGGAACACUGUAAACGGUCAUACCUAUGCAGAUAAAUGCACGUUCCCUAACCUACCAACGUUGAACGGUGCAAGCAUGCGUUUGAAAGUUAUACCAAUGACCGGUCAUUUGCAAAAUUUCAAGGAGUUUAAGCACACAUCUAAAGGUGGACAUCCAUUUGAGAUUAGAAGAAUAAUGUAUGACAAGCGAGAUGUGCUAAUUGAUGUACCGAAUAAGCCCGUGGAAAGUGUUUCGUUUAUUGUUAAGAGUACGGGAAACAUCUUAAACUCUGCAUUUCAGGCUCUUUUAAGAAGUGACCUAAUGGAUAUCAUUGAAAUACACUCGGACAUUUAUGAGUACUACAGGUGUGUAGGGGGCCUCCAUUUUGUCAAGUUUGCAGAAUCCAAUGUACCUCUCAGAAACAAGGGCGAAUUCCGACAUAUUGAGAAUUAUGUACUUGUCUGGAAAGAUGGAAAAUGUGUAGAUACAGGGCUCAAGAAGACAAAGACCUUGGCGUUGUAA